AUGCCACGAGUACAUGGUGAUACAUUUGUACAUAUGAAUAAAAUUGACGCUUAUGUUGAAUAUGAUGAACCAUUAGUAGAACUAGAUUAUUCAAAAGAAAUUACUGAUAUUGAAAGAACAAUUGGAAAAAAAGUAGCUGACUUAAUUGAUGAUAGAAGUACACUUCAAAUGGGUAUUGGUACAAUUCCAGAUUGUGUAUUACAAUCUCUUGAAAAUCAUAAAGAUUUAAGUAUAGCAUCAGAAAUGAUAUCUGAUGGUGUUAUGACAUUAAUGGAAAAAGGUGUUGUUACAAAUCGCUAUAAAACUUUUCAUCCUGGAAUAACAACAUGUACAUUUAUAAUGGGUACAAGAAAACUUUAUGAUUUUGUUAAUGAUAAUCCAAAUAUAUUGGCUUUUGAUGUUGGGAUAACAAAUGAUCCAUCACAAAUUCGUCGAAAUCCCAAAAUGUGUGCUAUCAAUGCUGCUCUUGAAGUUGAUCUUACUGGACAAGUUUGUGCAGAAUCAUUAGGGUCAGUACAUUAUUCAGGUGUUGGAGGACAAGUUGAUUUUAUGCGUGGUGCUGCACUAAGUGAAAAAGGAAAACCAAUCCUUGUUUUACCAUCACAAACAUCAAAUGGAAUUUCACGUAUUGUUAGCACAUUAAAAGAAGGUGCUGGUGUAACUACAACACGAGCUCAUGUUCAUUAUAUAGUAACUGAAUAUGGUGCCGCAAAUUUAUUUGGUAAAAAUUAUCAACAACGAGCUAAAGCAUUAAUUGAUAUAGCUCAUCCUAAUCAUCGUGAAGCAUUAGAACGUGCUGCUUAUAAACGUUUCAAAAAUCUUUAUUGA